AUGACUGCUGUUGUCGUCACAGCCUUCCUGUAUUUGGGAGUGGCCUCGGGUGCUCCAGCACUUGAUAGCAGUUUGGAUAUUGAUUGGAAAGAGUGGAAGAUAAAAUACAACAAAUCAUACAUCCUGGAGGAAGAAAAACUGAGGAGAGUGGUUUGGGAAAAAAACCUGAAAAUGAUCAAACUGCACAAUGAGGAGAAUGGCCUGGGUAAGAAUGGCUUCACCAUGGAAAUGAAUGAAUUUGGUGACAUGACUGAUGAAGAAUUCAGGAAAAUGAUGAUUGAAUUUCCAGUUCAGACUCACAGAGAGGGGAAAAGUAUCAUGAAACGUGCAGUUGGUAGUAGUCUCCCCAAAUUUGUCAAUUGGCGAAAGAAAGGCUAUGUGACUCCUGUGCGGAGACAGGGUGACUGUGAUGCUUGUUGGGCAUUUGCUGUGACUGGUGCUAUUGAAGCACAGGCAAUCUGGCAAACAGGCAAACUCACCCCGCUGAGUGUGCAGAACCUGGUGGACUGUUCUAAACCUCAAGGCAACAAUGGCUGUCUUGGGGGUGAUACAUACAAUGCCUUCCAGUAUGUUUUGCACAAUGGUGGUCUGGAGUCUGAAGCAACAUAUCCGUAUGAAGGGAAAGAUGGACCAUGUAGGUAUAAUCCAAAGAAUUCAUCUGCUGAAAUCACGGGAUUUGUGUCCCUCCCCGCAAGUGAGGAUAUCCUAAUGUUUGCUGUAGCCACUAUUGGGCCCAUCUCUGCUGGAAUUGAUGCUUCCCAUGAGUCAUUCAAGUACUAUAAGAGAGGUAUUUAUCAUGAGCCAAAUUGUAGGAGUAAUUUUGUGACUCAUGGAGUUCUGGUGGUUGGUUAUGGAUUUGAGGGAAAUGAGACUGAUGGUAAUCACUACUGGCUGAUCAAGAACAGCUGGGGUAAACAAUGGGGCAUGAGAGGCUAUAUGAAGAUUGCCAAAAACAAGAACAACCACUGUGGAAUUGCUUCAUAUACUCAUUAUCCUACUAUUUGA